AUCCUCACAACCGGCCAUAUCUCCUCUAUUUUCCUCCAUUGCCUUGUGCGAACAUCAACUGAGGGAGAACCACCGAAGCAGCCUCACUCCACGCGUCCAAGCCCCAGCCUUUUCGGUCAGUUUCCCUUGCUGUGAAGACACGAGAUCCACCGAAGUAGCAGCGUCGUCCACACGCCUGCAGCUGCUCCAAACCGCGCGUCUUCUCUGCGCCAGCACAUCCGGUCAACCACAGCACGUUCGUGGACUCUGUGCCGCGUAUUUUUCCGCUGCCAGCGACCACCGAAGUUUCGGUCAGCUCCAGCAGAUUUCCCCAGCAACGUCUUCACUGAAGCUACUCCGUGCUUCGUAUCUUCGUCAGCCACGUUCGGUCAAAACCCCAGCACCGAAGACCCUGCAGCAGUUCCACGUUGACGCCUGCUGCUCCGUGUCUUCUCUCUCGCUGCCAGCGUCUUUGGUCUCCUCAGCCAGCGGAUCCAGCCGCGUGAAGAAGUCUCACCGUCCACGCGUCCCCACUGGUCAACCGAAGCCGCUCCCUCUGCCGGUUUGUUGACCCAGCUCCUUCGUCCCCUCCAGCGUUGAUUUCGAGUUCACCCAGCAGCAACAAUCGAGCUGCUUCUUCGCGUAUUCCACUGGAUUGGCCAACUCCAGCAGCCCAUCGAAGAACAGGCCCACGUGAUCCACCUAAGUUCAGCUGCAAGCCCAUUCGAAGACAUCAGCUCCUUGGGCCACCAAAUCCACAAGUGGCCUAGUCCAAAGUGAGCCACAACUGGAGGCCCAAAUCAGUGAGGCCCAAGUUGGUUCGGCCCACCUUCAGCCCACGAAAUUUUCUGGUUUAGCCCGCGAAGUCCGCAAGCCCAGCCCGCGAAGAAGACCCAAUCGCAGCCAAGCCCAAGCCCAAGCCCAAAAGCGAGCCUAGUCCAGUGCAAGAACAAAUCUCGGUUGGGCUGAGAUUUGUUGGCCCAAGUUUAAGGCCCGUCUAAGCCCCGGUGUUGUCGAAAGCUCGAUUUCGGCCACCAUCGCGCCACUGUCGCAAUGAUUCGGUCUCCGCUUUCAAUCAAGUGCCAUAUGGGCUCCUAUGAGCUAGUGAGAUAUAUAGUUUGGAUCGAUGUGGGUUUCACCCACAAGGUACCCUAUCGAUAUAGAUCGUGGUACCGCCAGGCUCAAGAUGGCCAGAGACAGGGUCUCCUACCGGAGUUUGAGAUACCUCUGUGUGUUCUAGAGGCUGCCUUUGGGAAAGGCAAUGCAGAUCCACCUCCGAGCCCUGUCGUAGAUGCAUCAAACCUAAAUUUUGAAGACCUCGGAAGUCCGGUGCAAUCUGCUGAAAGCUCCAGUUGGAGCGAGGAAGAUGGAGAGGAGGACGAGGAAGAUGACAAAGAGGUGGAUGAGGACCCGUAGCUUAUGGAACCCCACCCCCGCUUGUAGACCUUGUUCCUGGACUUGUUUAAGUUGAACUUGACUUGGUAGCCAGCUUUAUAUAUAUGUGCAUUGGUUUGCAAUGUAUAUAAGUGUGGUGAUUUUUGAAA